GUGAAGUCAGAGGUGGCAUCAGUGAGUCUCACUCAGGUCCAGACACCACCCAAGCAGGCAGCAGGACAUUGGCGACGCAAAAAACUUUCAUAGUGUAAUAUAAAUCGUUUGCAAACUAUUCUCCCACUUCUGCCAGCAGAAGUUUGACUCCUGAAGAGUACUGAUGACGACAGACCCCAAGAUGUCGUAUGAUUAUGAAUCCUACACCGAGCCUCUGGCAAGCACUGGCAACAUGGAAUUUUCUGAUAAGUCCAUCAGAAUGGGCUUCAUCAGGAAAGUGUACAUGAUACUGAUGGCUCAGCUGACUGUAACAUUUGGCAUGGUUGCAGUGUUCACCUUGAGUGCCGAUGUCAACACGUUUGUCAACAAGACUCCUGCAUUGUUUUAUGUGGCUCUUGCUGGUACCCUGGUUUGCAUCAUUGCCUUAUCAUGUUGUGGCAACUUAAGGCGUCGAACUCCUUUUAACUUCAUAUUUCUUGGCCUAUUCACUGUCUGUGAAGGGUUUUUACUGGGUACAGCAGCAGCCUCAUUCACUAAAGGUGAAAUCCUUAUUGCAGUCGGUGUAACUUUUGUGGUAACACUGUCCCUCACUCUCUUUGCAUUCCAGACCAAAUUUGAUUUUACAACUUGUGGAAUGUUUGUGUUCGUCACGAUCAUUGUCCUCUUCUUAUUUGGUCUUCUAGCAUUAAUCUUGCAGAGCAGGAUUGUGAACCUUGUGUACUCUUGCCUUGGUGCACUGCUAUUUUCUUUCUACCUGGUGUUUGACACACAGCUCUUGAUGGGAGGAAAUCACAAAUUAGCAAUCUCUCCUGAGGAAUAUGUGUUUGCUGCACUCACAUUAUAUUUGGAUGUAAUCAACAUAUUUAUGUACAUCCUAUCCAUCAUUGGUAACAGUCGCAGCUAAAGUACUUCAAAUAGUUAUUACUCCAGUUUGAAAGGUGUCUCUGAGGUGUCUAAACUCUUCUGCAUGGUAAAUGUAAAUCAUUUUAAGGUAAAUGUAUGGAAUGGCAGAAAAUAGAUCAAUAUUGGAGGUGUUACCACUUAUAUUUAUUAUAUCUAGAGGAAGGAAUGAUCCCACCAACCACCAAGUAAUCACAAAUGUGAUAUUCCCUAAUGUCUUACUGAUGUAUGGUAUAUUCAUAUCUGAAGUUAGUCUGCAUAUGCUUAAGUUGGUUUUAUGUUCAGCUUCAUCGUAUACAUUAAGUUCCCAUUGAAUGUUCAUACUUUGAACGAAUCCUCACUAUAACGAAAGCAGGUUUUACUACCCAUUUGCCAAUUAACGAAAGAAUGUUCUUCUAUUACGAAAGGUAGGUCGCCCCCACCUUUCUGCUUUCUCACCACCACUACCGUUAUUAUUACCACCUAAAUCAUAAUUUCACCUUCCCUCCCUCCCACCCACUGCGUCUCGCUAACACUGCCUCUCUCACUCAUUCUGUGACGGUACAAUGUUGUACAAUACUGUACAUUGUUUAUUUGUUAUUCUCACUCCAUAAUUUAAAAUUUAUGGAACAUCAUGUAGAAGGAAUAUGAUGCUGUUCAGUUAGACUUGCACUUAAUAUUGUGGGUAAACAUCAACUGUUAAAUUGUCUGGUAGUCCUGCAGCCAGUGUUACCAAAUAAACCGACAGACGCAUCAUCUCCUCACCACCUAUCACCUCCCUCACUCUGCUGCUCUCAUUCUACUAUGACUCAUUUGCAUAUUCCCACAAACAACAAUUGACAACUCUUCUUAUGUACCUUUAUGUUUUACAUGUUUUAAUCUUCAGUAUUUUGAUGUGUUGCAAUUAUUUUGUCACAGAGCUUAGUAAUGUACAUUACAGGUACAUUAAUCUAUCGCAGAGCUUAGUACAGGAACACAUCCCCCCUUAUUACAUUGAUUUAUAUGGGAAAAGUGGUUUUGAUGAAUGUAACCCACCUAACGAAAGCGUUUUAGUGGAACCCAACUCUCUCGUUCAAUUGGGAAUUCUUGUACUGUACACCUUCUCCCUUCAUACAACAUGAAGACUUAAGAGUAUUGAUCUGUGGCUCUGAGGACCUUAUGUUGACAUAUAAUGGGCCCAGUUGUUAUCAUUAUGGCUUUCAUGUUUAAGCUGCUUUACAGUAAAUUUAACAACUCCACUAUGACUAUUAUGUGAACAAACACAUCAUUGAUGUGGGCAGGGGCUCCCCUCAGCUGAAUAAAAUCAUCUGUCAUUAGUCAGAAUAAAAUACCUAAGUGAUACUUUGCCCUCUAAACGGUUAUAGGUGUUUUAUACUUAGUCACUUAACUGUAAUAGUCAUUUUACCAACUUCUUAGUAGAGAUUGUGUAUGCAGUUAAAGUUUUGUAGAGAGCAGCUUUACAUUAAUGUGAAUUACAUGGGCAGUUACAAAAUCAAUGUGGUAUGAUAGGAAUUAAUCAUCUUAUUUAAUCCUAUAUCACUGUUUGCAGCUGAAUAGAUGCUGGCAACAUUUCUUAGACUGGAUGCUUUAUCCAAUCCUCUCACAUUUAUGCAUAUGCAGAUUGUAUAUUAGAGCUUCCUUAUACAGUACUUUUACCAGUAUUGAUAAGUCCAUGGCUUUCUAAUUAGUUAUUUUCAGAACUACAAACUGUUCUAUUGUUGAAUCGACUAAUAAGUACAGUAAACCCUCGGAGAUGCGGACCCGGUAAAUCUGGAUUUCGGAAAAUUAGGACAAAAAAUUGGGGGGUUCUGGGCUAAGAAACAUUCCCAAAAUAGGGUGAAAGUAGAACUGUCUCUUUGUCGCUUUUCAUUCAGUUUCAGUAGAUAAAUUGGAUUAAAUAAAGUUCAAAUUCUCAUGGUAGGUCACACAGGUUAAGAUGACCAAAGGGGAAAUUAGACCAGAAGGGAUGGAAAAUCACUGACUUAGAUGAUUGGGUGAUUUUUGGGUCUGUCCUAGAAGGAAUAUUUAGAAUGACAUAUUUACUAGUUCACACUCUUGCCAAGUUCUCAAUAAGUCAAAAGUCUUUAUUAACCCAUUGCUGCACAUAGAACUGGCGUGUCUUAUCAAAGAGGUAUUACCGUACUUGUUAUUAAUGCUGCCAGUAUGUAUAGGCUUCUUGAUACAUUUCUGAAUAAUCUUGACAAUCUUGCUAGUCAUGAAGUCCAAGUUACUGACUUGAAAUAUAUAAUUUUAAUAUAUAUAUAUAUAUAUAUAUAUAUAUAUAUAUAUAUAUAUAUAUAUAUAUAUAUAUAUAUAUAUAUAUAUAUAUAUAUAUAUAUAUAUAUAUAUAUAUAUAUAUAUAUAUAUAUAUAUAUUAUAAUUUUGACUUUGUCUGAAAACUUAAAUUAUUACAGAAGCUAUACCUCAUAUAAGACUUGUUUGUUAAUUUUUAUAUUUACUGUUAACCGAAGUGUCAACCGAAUACAGGUGAAGUGUUUCUUUUAGUAAUGGUAAUAUAUUUCAAUAACGUCUGACCAUAAAGAUUCAUAAGUAAUUUGGGUCCAUAAUUCUUAUAUUGUAUUUGUUGUUACUAUUUGUUGUUGUCACUAAGUGUAUAUGUUACUAAAAUUAACCUUGAGCAUCAAAUAAUUUUUUCUUGUUGAGUAUCCGAUCUAUAAGACCGUUACUGUUGUUACAACACUUAGAAAGAACAAAUGACUUGAAUGAAGGAAAAUUUGUGUUGCUUGUUGCCACUUGUGCACCACAGAGAACAGGGGCUUGCAAGUGGGAGAAAUAUCAACAUAAGAUAAAAAU